AUGCACAACUUACAGCAUCAUAACAGUCGAUUUGAGAAGGCCAAGCCUUUCACUCUACACUGCUCCCUUCUAUUUCUGGUUCUGUUCUAUGCUUUCUGUGGUGGAUUCAUCUUUAAUAAACUUGAGGCCAAAGCUUGCAGAGAUAUGCAAGAGAGAAACAAACAAGAAAAAACUGAAUGUGUUAUUCGAAUGCUAGCUGAGGUUAAACGGAAUGCUUUGACUUAUAUGGAACGAAACAAUACUGCAAAACUUAUUAUGACUUGCUUCGAAGAAGAGAGGGACGAGCGUAGUGAAUGGUCUUUUGUCACAGCUACUUUAUAUGGAUUUGGUAUCGUCACCACUUUAGGAUAUAACCGAAUAGCUCCCGUAACAUAUGCCGGACGAUUAUUCUGUAUUGUUUACGGCAUCUGUGGAAUUCCUAUAACCAUGAUUAUAAUUGCAAACGUAGGACAAUAUUUGAACAAUUUCGCUGGAGAUUCUCGAAGAAAACUGGAAGCAUAUCGCACCCAACGACGGAUGUCCAAGGCAUCACUAUCAGGCAAAGAAUAUAAGGAAUCAUCCAUCCAAGUAACUUCUCUGAUACUCUUGCUCGUUUUCCUGGUUUAUGUAGCGUUUGGGGCAAUUCUAUUGCCGGCUUUGAAUGGCCAAAUUGAUUUUUUCAAUGGACUUUAUUAUAAUUUUCUUUGUUUAACUGCCAUAGAUUUUGGGCAGUUAGUUCCUACCCGAGUAGCUUUCCUUCCCAUCACGUUUUUAUAUGUUUGUUUGGGAUUGGCCAUAACAACGAUUGCUAUCGACAUCGGUUCGGAGUAUAUGAAGAAACUACAUUAUCUGGGAAAGAAAAUGAAAGAUGCUGCCCAAACUAAGAUUUGGUUCGGAGGAAAAACGUUGAAGGUUCGGGAUUUACUACAUGCUGUUGGCAAGAAGUGUGGUGUUGAGCCAGCUGUUAUUGAUGCUCUGGAUUUGGAGAAUGUUGUUGAAAGAACAAUAGCCAUACAAGAAGGCCGGGAUCCUCCGGAAGAUACAAACGAUUUUGAAAGCCCUCCAAAUGAAGAAUCAUGUAUUGAGAAAGCCCCCUUGUCGUCACCUUCCACUACUGGCUCUCGAUCACCAUCAACAGAGCAUAGUCCUUUCCUCUCACAAUCUCCAAUCAAUCGAACCUUGCCCGAACUGGUCAUACGGAACCCUUCCUACUCCUCUGUCACGCAGGAAAUAUCUAGUCCUGUGGAAGCUAUUUUUGUUCCUCCGACCCAGAUAUGUAAAAUUGAACUACCGGAGACGGACAGUGAAGAUGAGUUAGAAGAGACUCCACGUGUAGUGGUUAUUGAACCACCACCUCCAAGAGAAGAUGUGGAAGAGAUCCGACCUAUACUUGUUCGGAUCGUGGGACCAUGUACAUCAUCAAGUGGUUCUAUAAGAUCACGAUCUGUUAGCCCAGACGAACACGAACCGAAGAAGUUUCGAGAGAAAAAGGAGAAGUAUGGUCGGGAUCCUCGUAAACUAUAUGAAACGUAUCAAGAGGAAUGGGAACGAUUGGAGAAGCUAUCGGAUAAAAAACAUGGUCCACGGCGACGGUCUAUCUUGCAGAGCUAUACUCCUGAUCGAUCUCCUUCUCCUUCAAAUUCACAUUCAGUCCAUCAUUGA